AACGUGCAUGUGUACCAUUACAUGAUGAGAAUAGGGUUGUUCAAUUUGGCUAGGCUCUUUAGGCAGCAGACUGGGCUCUCUAUCGAGGAUCUCGAAAGCCAACCGCAUAGGAAUGUUCUAUUCAACUUGAUCCUGGUUAUCGAAGAUAUACUUCCCUUCAUUCAGGCCCAAGGAGAUCCCAGAAAGUGCUAUCUGAGGCUGCUUCCAUUGAUUAACGGGAUAAGGAAUGCGACCAUGCAAGGCACUCCAAAACAAGGACCGAAUUUAUAUGGCUAUCGGCAGCCUCAUUUGCUUCAGACUGGAUUUGUGCAAUCUCUACCUCGUUCAAUGCAGAAUACAUCUAUCGGGCCGGCUGCGACGCCAAACCAAUCAUCAGUUCAUCAUCCGAGGCCGUUUCGUCCGCUGAUGUCAAACCAACAUUUGGCUUGUCAUCCACAGCCCCAGCAACCAGAAACUGCUGUGGAACAAGAUUUGCUAUCAAGAGUCGGAAAAAAGAUUCAGCUGGAUCUUAAUGAAUGGUCUGCUCCUGUAGAUGCAGUUGAUGGCAAACCAUCACUGCAACCAUGUGUUGGUGACUCAACAGCUAGAAAUGGCUGUUCUUAUAUGGAUGGUGUUGGAUGGUUCAAACAGCCGGAUAUGCUGCAAGACGAGCAGAAUGAUCGAAAGAGGAAGCAGCCAGAACAAUCUGAGUUUGGUAAUGUUCGUUCGGGUGACAGUAUAACCUGGCUAGGUAAAAGCUGUGGGAUUUCCUCUAACAGCACUUCCAUGAGCAGCAUGCAGCAAUUCUCAAUUGGAAAUUCUGGACAAAAACUCCUCAGGGGGCUACCACCACAACCGUCCUCUAAAUGGAACACUACAUCAUACCAAUUACGUGCCAUCCAGGAGAAGUCUAUCAGAGGGAUUUUACAGAGUAUAAGUGAUAUUGGUGGCUCUCAAAAGCAUGAGUUAUCUGAGAAGGCUGCUGUCAUGCAAGUACAGUCUGCAUGCCAAAACGUGACUCCAGCCAAGGAGAAUAUCUAUCAUUACUCCAAUUCUUUGCCAUUAACACCUGAUCCUGGAUCCCAUCCUGCAGCUUUUGUGCAGGGUGAAUCAUCUAAAAGACAGGAGGGUAAUGAUGCUGAUGUCGGGCCAUCUUUCUUUUCUUGAAGAUUACAAAGACCAGUGGGCUGGAAAAAAGAGAGGUUUAGGAGGUGUCUCUCCCCUGUCGAAACCUAGAAGUUCAAAAAAUCUUAUAUCCUGCAUGCGAAACUCAGUUUACUUUAUUGGCUAGAUAUUUGACAAUUUGGUAUACCUGUUCAUACUUUUACUAAUUAAUUCUGAACAUACUGGAGUGCAAGUGGUUAUGAUUUAUGCUACUUAGAAUUGGUAUCAAACCCAAAGUUAUCAGCAAAUGCAAGGUAGUAGGGGGCGCAAGGAAAUAAUGGAAGUACAUUAUUUCAUGGAUUUCUGAGAAGAUGAAAACAAUGAGGGAGCAUGUUGAUCCAUAUAUUAUAACUUCGAUAAGUUAGCUUGAAGAGAACAAUAUUGGUGCAACCGAGAACUUGCGGCCUGAGACAACAACAAAAAAAAAGGCCUCCUCAAUAUGAUUGAGUGCAAGCUGAGCUUUUGUUGAACAAAGUAUGGAAGAUAGAACAGUCUCAAAUGGAAUUCUUACAAAGAGAUUGGAGAAAGCUGUUCACUUUGGAUGGAUAUGGGGUAUCCAUAUCAAGUGUACUGCAACAAUGCUUAUGCAUGAAAAUCAGCUAAGAAUUUGAUAUACAAAGCUGUUCACUUUAAAUGGAAUUGCGGCCUGGAACAACCCAGCGCCUGUUCUGGAGCCGAACUGGAGUUGGAGGAGAUCGAGUCCUCCUUCUCGGUCUCAUUGGAGGCUGGGAAACACUAUCUUCCAUUGUUAUUUAACACCCUUCCUUCCCUCGAAGCAGUCAGCUCGAGCCUCUCUCUCUCUCUCUCUCUCUCGAUUUUUCCCCAUGCCCUGCCUCUGUUUUCGCCGAGGGACGUAGCUGGGCCCUUGCCGGAGGCAAACUAAUACCAACUCCGCCCCACCUGUUUUCUCUCU